AUGAAUGUAGUCAAGCUUAAUGGAGUCAAAGUGUACAAUUUGACGUCUGAAAGGUCGUUGCCUGAAUGGGCAUCGAGAGCAGAAAAGAAAAAGCUUUUAAAGAAGGAUCCAGGAGCUUCGACUCAUAUAGAAUUAAUUCACGAGCUUGAAAUGCCCGAUGCAUCUACUUUUAUUACUUGUUCUCCAGACCAGCAACAUCUAUUCGUCCUUGGACGAUACAAGCCAAGAGUAAAAUGCUUUGAACUGAAGAACUUGUCAUUGAAAUUUGAUCGUUGUGUGGAUUAUCUUCCAACGCGCAUGGUGUGCUUAAGUGACGAUUAUUCGAAAUUCGCUUUACUGGAAGAGGAACGGUGGAUUGACAUUCAUGCUGCUGGUGGACAUCAUUUUCGUUUCAGAGUUCCGAAACCUGGUGUAGAAAUAUCCUACAUUCCUUCCAACUGUCAUCUUCUUGUGACUUCUUCCAGCAAUGUCGUUUAUCGAAUGGACUUAAAUGAAGGCAGGUUUGCGACGCCAUUGGUAUCGUCGGCUGUGAGCGUGUCGGAGGGCUUUAAUACCAGCUGCUUCAUGCGCGAACUGGAUGUCCUGUUAGCCGGCUCCACCGAUGGAAAAAUCGAGGGGUGGGAUCUGAGGAGCAGCGAAAGAGUUUUCGGAUUGGAUGUGUGUUCUGCUUCAACGAGGCCCACCGACCUUACAAAAUUUUCACGCGUGGCGUGCUCCUCUCUCAGUCCCAAAGACGCACUAAAUUUCUCUGUUGGCACAUCCGAAGGCGUGGUGCACGUCUAUGAUGUACGCCAAAACAAAAAUCCAUGGCACACGAGGGACACAGAGUAUAGACGCCCGGUCAAAGCAGUAAGCUUCCAGGAUGAUAAAGUAAUUGCCAUGGUAGCGCACUGUUUGAAAAUUUGGAGCAUUGACACAGGCAAAAUUUUUGUUGGCUUUGAAACUGGACCAAUCGGUCUAAAUGGGAUGUACCAUUUUCCCUCUAGCGGACUGAUUAUGCUCGCCAAUGAGUCACCCAAGGUCUCCAAAUAUUUCAUUCCACUUUUGGGAUCAGCCCCAUACUGGUGCAGCUACUUAGAUCAGCUCGUAACCGAGUGUGAACCUGAUGUGACAACCAUGUAUGACGGUUAUAAAUUUCUUACCAGACAACAACUUCUUGAAUAUGGCAUGUUGGAUCUCAUUGGAACACGUUUUCUCCGAGCCUACAUGCAUGGCUACUUUGUUUCGACCCCGUUAUUCAACAAAAUUCGUGACAAGCUAGGCGUUUUGUCGGCACCGGAGAAAGCGCCGGUCACUUCGAAGCUUUCCGUCACCGAUACCUCUAAACAGGAGAAAGAGCAGAUAAUACUUACAGAAAUGGAGGAGGCAGCUGCAGACACUCGAUUUGCUAAAUUGAAGGAUCCCAAACUAGCACGUGAUUUAGCCAAUUCUGAGUCAGAUCUUAUUCGCAUCCACCAAUCGAGACUGGAGAAGAAACGGCGAAGGAAGGAACUUCGCAAGGCCAAGGCUGCCAGAGCAGCUGCUCUUGCUGAAGCAGAUUAA